UCACUCGAAUCAGCUGCAUUCAUUUGUUUAUAUUGCAAUUUGCAAACAGUUGCAUUUUCGUGUUUAGUUGUUAUUCUUAAUACUAAAAUGCUUACCGACAGAGUUCUGGCCACCAAGGAGGCGCUAGUGGUGGCUCUGGGCGACAACUGGGAGCGUUACCGGGCCAACAUGAAGAAUUGGUUCCGCAGCCGUUGGACCAAGGAGGAAUUCGAUGCGGAGUCGCGGAAAAUCCUAACACCUGACAAACUGCACCUGCACAAUCAGUUCCUGCUCGCGCUGCUCAACAAGAUCGACGCCUUUGCUCCGCUGGAGAAUCCUCCGGCCGUCCAGACCAGCAGCAGUAGUGGCAACCGAAGCAAACGGCGCAAGAGAAGUUCACGCACCUUCGCCGAGCGCCUUAAUUUUGAGCUCUGCGACGUCUUGGACUUUGUCGCCGAGGACAAUAUGCAAAUCAUUCGUCCGCCAUCCACGAUCGGCGGUCCGACGGACCAGCAGCAGCAACAGCUCCAGUCGCAGCGCUACUGUGCCCAGGAACUUUUCCUGCCCGACGCGGGAUUCAUUAUGGGUCGAUUUUUGAUCGGCGCCUGGGAAAUCGGACUUGUCUCCGUGGACGACAAUGUCGCCGAGUACGUUGCCAUGGCCGUGCAAGUUCUGCUCAAGGAUCUGCUAUCCGAAAUCAUUAAGAAACGAAAGCACUACAAGACCAGCGGCGAGGGAAACUUUUAUUACGACGUAGGUGCUCCUUUGCGUGAUCCUUCGCUGCGCAACACCGUCACCAGGCAGAAAGUGGACGACACGCCGCUGGAACUGGACAAGGAACUGAAUACGGCCAAUUUUAUGCGGCGACAGAACGACGAUGUGACCUUCCUCUCCGCCUGCGAAGAAGUUCAACCCACCGAACGCACAGUAAUCACUCUCAAGGACUGCCAACUGGCCUUCAGGGAUCGCAACCUGAUAGGCUCGCAUGCCGUAUACUCUAUUAACAUGGAACGACUCAAUAUGAUGAUGCAUUAGUUUAUUAGUUAUACUUUUAUUAUAUCAGCUUCAGUAAAAAUAUAUACAUUAUACGCCAGUGA